CCAGCGGCUGCUCUCGCCGCAGCAGACGUGGCGCCGACCGUUCCGGCGUGCGCCGCCUCGCCGCUCUGCGUUCACGAGCGUGGCCCUAGCCGCGAGUGGUGGGGCGACGACCGAUCGCUCGAGGCGCGUCUGCCUCAGCUCCUGAAAGAGGGGCGCGCCGAGGUGGCGCGAACCCUGCUGCUGAGCAAAGCCGAGCCGGCGCACGGCGUGACGCUCUUCUACCUCGGCGUGUGCGCCGGUAUACUCGAGGGCGAGGCCGCCGCCGUCGAUCCCUACGAGGCCUCCAUCGCAGCCAUGCCCGGCCUGGGCAUCGCCUACGGCAACCUAGUGCGCGCCUACCUCGCACGGCAGCGCACCGGGGACCUCGAGCGCGCCCUCGUGCUCGCAAAGACGCUCGCCAGCUCGCAGCCCGAGGCGGCGGAGCCGCAGUAUGUGGUGGGUGUGGUGCUGAUGCAGCUGAGGCGCUUCUCCGAUGCAGCAGGGGCAUACGAGGCCACGCUGCGGCUCGACGCGGCCCACCACGGCGCGCACGUCAACGGCGUGCACUGCUUGCAGCAGCUGCCUCCGGACGACGAGGUUGCGCGUCGCCGCCUCGAGGCGGUCGCGCGCGGCGGCGUGGCGGCGGGGCUGUGGGCCAACUGGAUGCAGCGACCGCCCCACCUGGUCAAGCGGCUGACGUCGAGACCGUGGUGGGACAAGGGCGAGUUUGCGUGGUGCGCGCUGCUCGAGGAGCAGUACCCGCAGAUCCGCGACGAGGUCCUCCGGCUGCGCCGCAAGCCGGCGUCCUUCACGCCGGUGGGCGGGCGGGCGGCGCACGACCACACCCUCGUCGCCGCUGGCGAGUGGCGCGAGUACCCGCUCUUUGGCAACGGCCAAAAGUACGCCGAGAAUUGCGCCCGCUGCCCCGUCACCGCCGGCACGAUGGAGCGCGUCUCUGCGGCGAUCGGGCUCGCGAUGGCGGGCGGCGGCGAGACGCUCUUCUCGACGCUUAGGCCGGGGACGCAUUUGCGCCCGCACUGCGGCUCGACCAACACGCGCCUGACGGCGCACCUCGGCAUCGUCAUCCCGCCAGGCUGCUCGAUCCGGGCGGGCAACGAGUGGCGCGAGUGGAGGGAGGGGGAGGUGCUCGUCUUUGACGACUCCUGGGAGCACGAGGUGCGCCACCGCGGCGGCGAGGACCGGGUCGUGCUCCUCAUCAACUUUUGGCACCCGGAGCUCGCCGAGCACGAGAGGCGGAUCGAGCUCGACACGUGGGGAUACCAGCCGAUCUGAAGAGUUGCGCCACUGUCUCGGGGAGGGACGCAGACGCCACCCCGGCCUUUGUGAUCGUGCGCGCGCGACGAGUCGCCACACGUGCAGCUAUCGCACACAGAGGCAUACACACACA